AAGAGGCGCACAAUUAAACGUAGUCACUGGAGCAUGUAAUUGUUAUUUUACCGUGGAGCCAAUUUUAUGUACUGUUACCCUUACAAAAGAAAUGAUCUGUCCCACACCAGACCACCACGGAAAAUGGCGACUGUGAAAUAGAUGGAAGACGAAAGUAAGAAAUUAUUCAAUGCAGCGUUUAAAUUGUGCCCUGUCUCCAUCCGCACCGCUCGGAGGUCAUGGCAGCUGAAAUGUCAUGUCUGACAGGUGUUGAUGAAGAUGACAAAGAUGCAGAUCCUGAGAUCAAUGCCCUCACACUCCUGCAAGAGCCAGUGAGAAUGGCACAAGAAUCAUCAUCUUGCACUGAUUCUUUUGGCAAGACUUCUCUGAAACAAAACAGUGUCCUCGAUGUUCUGUCAAACACAGAUAUGUUGUCUCCGGUUGGCCUGGGAAAUGGACCUUCUUCACAUCAGGCUACACAAGCCCAUGAACUCAACAGCAUCUCUACAGAGAAAGAGGAGGCAAAGAGCAUCACCCCUCUAAAAACUGUGCAGGAACUUGACACUGGAGGAAUUUGGGGCUUUGAUGUAGAUUCACCUGAGAACUCAUUGGAUAAUUUUAGUAGUUCCAGUGAGCUUCAUUGGGACCCUCACAAAGAGUUUAUGCAGUUUCUGUGGGACAACCAUGGCGAUUCCCCUGGUGAGGAGCCUAAAGAUGAAGCCCCUGCUGCCAACAGCCAAAGGAGAAGGAAACGGAAAAUGGACAUGGUUGUCAUGGUGGACCCCUCAGAAGACCUUUACCCUGAUCUGAGCCACAAGUCAUCUGAGGACUUGUCUGAUGCUGAAGACCAAGUAGACUCCAUUGCUCUCAGAAAAGUCAGAAAUUCAAGAAAGUUCUCCCGUUCCCAGUCACCACCAACAGGGAAAGUUUCAAAGUAUCCCAAUGGAACUGUAAAGGCCAUCAAGGAAAUUCUUUACAAUGCACCUUCAAGAAAUUCCCAUGAAAACAGUAUAGGUCAUGGACUUUCACCAUUGAAGGGGAGGCUCACCAUAAAUUCUCAUUCGGAGGAGAAGCCAUCAUGUUACCCUUGUUCCAAAUGUAAGCUCAUUUUCAAAAAAGAGCAUCAUUUGCAUCGUCAUAUGAAGUCUCAUGUUGACUCUCCGAAUAUUUCGCCAAAGCCUUUUAUAUGCCGAGAAUGUGGACAGUCCUUCAGACAAAGUGCUUCUCUUAUUGAGCACAUGUCCAUGCACAAGGAGAAAACCACAAGACUCACUGAAGAGAUCAAAGGCAUGAAUGACAAGAAGAAAGAUCAGAAAAAGAAGCUUUUCUGCCCUCAGUGCCCAUUUGUGACAAACUGCCCAAACACGUUUGUUCAACAUGCGAAAACACACGAGAAGGACAAGAGAAAGUUUAGAUGUGACAAAUGUAGCUUCAGGACUCUGAGUGAGAGUGAUCUUAGGAGACAUAACAUUAUGCAGCAUACUGUUAUUACUGUUCGAAAGCAGAUCCAGAAUGAGGACUCUGAAAUAUACUCCUGCAACAGUUGUUCUUAUAGAGCUUUUAGCAAAACUGUUUUUAAGAAUCACCUUCUCCGGCGCCAUCAGCAAACUAUUGAGGAAUACGAGGCUGCACAGCGUAGUGAGCAAAAUGCACAACCAUCUAAGGAGCAGCAUGUGCCUAUUAGAAAAACUCCUGAAGAAGAUGCAGAGUUUACGUCUAAAAUCUCAAUAAAGAAUCUGAUUUCUUCUAAAGGAGCCUGUUCACCUACUGAGUCAAAUGACAUUUCAGACCUAUUCAAAAAUAGCAAGCUCAAGAGGGGUCUCAAGUCUCAAUCAACAGAAUCAAAGCUUGACAAAUCCAUUAAUGUUCUUCUGUCCCGACAAAGACAUGGAAAGAAAACUGCAGAAGAGAGGAAGGAAAGCAAUAAUUGCAGCACAUCUGUGCAGGAUUCCGAAGGAGACAAAGAUGACUUUGAUCAGUUGCCAGGAACAUUCACAGUAAAGGUUGAAGAUUCAGCUUUGGCUCCUAAUGGCCAUAAGAUGCCAUCGAGUGCAGCUGAAGGAGAUCAGACAACUUUCAGAAAGUCACCGUCCAAAAGGAAGAUGUCCAUCCCAUAUCGGAACACCUCAGACCAAGACUCAUGCUUCAUCUUACCAAAACCUCUGCCAAGUCCCAAGAAAAUUAACCAAGAAGAAGAGAUGUCAGACUAUGAAGAAAAAGACAUUUUUCAGUUUGACGAUACAGAUGCCAACACUAACCUUUUCGACGAUGGUAUCAAGAAAGAAAAACAGAACAUCAUUUAUACCUAUAGUAGAAGAAUGUCUAUGAGGGGUGCUCUGCAGGCGUCUAAAAGGCUUUUUGAGAAAAUAAAGACUGAAGAGCAAGAGCAGUCUGACCCUGAAAUCAAAGAAGAAUGCAUAGAAACAGAAGUCUUUCAAGAAACCUUUGACUCCCACCAAAUACCAUUGAGUGAAGACUUCACAGAGGAUUUAUCAGAGUUGGAAUCGGACCGCAAGAACUGUCCAUACUGCCCAGCCGUCUUUGAGUCGGGUGUUGGAUUGUCCAAUCAUGUCCGAGGGCAUCUUCAUAGGGUCGGACUGAGCUACAACGCACGCCAUGUAGUGCCUCCUGAGCAAGUGGCUUCUCAAGACAGGAGGCCACGAAUUCGACGGAAGAUAUCAGCCCUGCGGAGAUUGAAAAAAGCGUUACAGCUGGAGUCAGAAUCUGAGACUGUGAAGAGCAUUCACUCCUGUCCAUUAUGUGGGGACUCAUUUGAUAACAGGACUGGGCAGUCCAACCACAUACGAGGCCACCUCAAAAAACUUGGUAAAAGCUUUGCAACAAAAAACAAAUCCCCAUUAUUUUUACUGAGAGAGUUGAUGCGCGACAAGAAGGAGUUCCAACGAGCACUUCAAAUUCUGGGAAAGAGACGGAACCAUUUUCAGUACGGUGCUUCACCAAAGCUGUCCAGUGUUGAUCGUUUCACGCCAUCACCCGUUGGAAUCCCUAAAAUUAAUUCUAUUUCAAGUGUUUGCACUGAUGACCGACCAUUGAUGCCCACAUUUUCUUUAGUGGAAAUGGAAUCUGAAAAAAGGCAACUCGAGACUAAAUUUGAUGUUAAAAAUUCACUCUCAGGCACAACUGCCUUGAUAGGAAUUCUGAAGAAGAGGAAGUGUCAGGAAGACGGCAAACUAAGAGGAUCCUCUCAGCUGUCAAGAAACAUAGCAGUUUCUUCAUACAGUGAGCACAGUUCGGGAUCAAGAAUUACAUCGUCACUGCCAAAGUCAACAUGCGAGAAAGGUGAAUUCAACAGGAAGGUGUGCGUCCAUUGCAAUGCAACUUUCCACAGUGGAGUUAGCUUAUCUAAUCACCUCCGGGCAUAUGCAAAACGAAAAAGGAAUGCCUUAAUUGAGGGAACAACAUUUGACUGUAAAGCAAGAAGGCACCGCUCAAGGCCCGGCCCAAAGAAGAAGACACUGCCCUUACCACAAACUCCAGAGGAAAUGUACAGACUCACCUGCAGGUUCUGUGACCUCGUCUUCCAGGGUCCCUUGUCGGUCCAGGAGGACUGGAUUAAACAUUUACAGAGACACAUUAUGAACACUGGUGUUCCUCACACUGGGCUAGGUAUGGUAGAGAUCACCUCACUGCCCACAGACCCCCCGACCCUCAAGACUGACCAAGACAGCUCUCUGACAGCCACACAUGCUGCCUCAUGAAGCCAACGGGGACCUUUUUAGAUUUCACUAGACUGUAUGUGUAUGUACAUUGGAUGUUCUUUCACUUUUUUUUGUCAAUUAAA